AUGGGUAAAGAUGUAAAAAAAGUUCAUAAAUUAAGACAUGAUCCAUUAAGUAAACAAAUUGAAGAAUCAGAAAGUGCAUAUCAAAAACCACAUAAAAGAGUUGGUAAAUUAAGAAAGAAGAAAGCCGAAAUGGAGAACGAUACUGGUAUUGAUGAAACUGAAUCGGUUAUUCCAUCAGCCUUAUCUAAAAAGAUUUUAGAUCAAAUUAGAGAACAAGCAAUUGAAGUUGAAGUUGAAGAUAGAAAAAAAGAGAAACAAGAGAAAUUAUUAACUUUUGAACAAGAGAGAAUUCAAUCUAAACUUUUAUCAUUCAACGAUUUCAUCGAUGAUGAUGAUGACGAUGAAGAUGCUGAUCAAGAUGAUAAUAAAAGACGUUCAAAUGGUAAUGAUUUCGAUGAAAAUGAUGGUUUUGAACAAUUCUCUGAUACUGAAAGUCAAUUUGGUGUUGGUGGUGAAGUUGAAAUCGAUGAAGAAGAUGAAAGAGUACUUUCAAUGUUUAUGGGUGGUGGUGGUGGUGAUGGCCAAGAACAACAAUUUCAAACUCGUUUCACUCUUGGUGAUAUCAUUGAAUCAAAAUUAAAAGAACAUGAAUCAAGACAAGUAUCUUCUGAAAAUGCUAUUAAUCCAAAAGUUAUUGAUGUUUAUACAAAAGUUGGUAAAUUAUUAGAAACUUAUACAUCAGGUAAAAUACCAAGAGCAUUUAGAAUUUUACCAAAUUUUACAAAUUGGGAAGAUUUAUUAUAUUUAACACGUCCAGAUAAAUGGACACCACAUUCAAUUAGAGUUGCAACUAAAUUAUUUUGUAUGAGUACAAAUUCAAAGAUUACUCAAAGAUUUUUAUCAAUUGUUGUUUUACCAAGAGUUAGAGAUAAUAUUGCAGAAUAUAAGAAAUUAAAUUAUCAUCUCUAUAUGGCAUUAAAGAAAUCAUUGUAUAGACCAGCCGCUUUUUAUAAGGCAAUUUUAUUACCAUUGGCAGAGAGUGGUGAUUGUACAUUGUUGGAAGCUAAAAUCAUUGGUAGUGUUGUUUGUAAAGUUUCAAUUCCAGUAUUACAUUCAUCGGUUGCCUUAAUGAAGUUAUCUCAAUUAACUCGUUACAAUGGUGCCACAAGUAUGUUCAUUCGUAUGUUGUGUGAUAAAAAAUACGCUCUUCCAUAUCGUGUAAUCGAUGGUUUGGUCGAUCAUUUCGUUAUGUUUGAUGAAGAAGUUCGUGAAUUACCUGUACUAUGGCAUCGUGCUCUCUUAUCCUUUGUUCAACGUUAUAAAACUGAUAUUACAAAAGAUCAAAAAGAAAAACUUAAAAUCAUCCUUAGAAAACAUAAUCAUCAUAUAAUAACCGCUGAAAUUCGUCGUGAACUUUUCUUUUCAAAUUCAAGAGGUGGUGUUGCUCCUUCAAAUUUCACUGAUGAUACUUCAAGUAUGAUGGAAUAA